UGGAGGAGGAGCAGGAGACAGGGGAGGAAAGGGGGAGGGAGGCUUGUACAGUGCAGGGGGCCUUAUGUGGACUAGGAGGCAGCCGCCCCCACCAGCGCCCACUCUGUAGACCCAGGCGUCUGGCUCCCAGCACCCACGGAAAGAGCCUGGCUAGGAAACUGCAGCCUGGUGCCUGGGAGACAGUUCUCAUUCUCCCCAGGGCAGGGAGCAGGUUAUGACCAGGACUAAGGUCCCAGAGUCCCCACUCUGACCCCUCCCUGCUGUUCCAGCCACUCCCUCAUAUCCACCCCUGCCCCAUCUCCUGACUUUGGUCAGGCUAGCAUCUUCUGCUGAUCCUGAAAUUGUACCAGCAGCAAGAUGUGGCCUGGAAGGGGACUUUAAGUUCCCCACAACUGCCAGCAAUCCUUCCACCAGGCAAAACACAUCAUCUAAGGAAAAGAAGUGAGGUUUGCUUAGGGCGUGGCAGCUUCGGAUAAAGGCAGGACUCCGCCUGGCAGCCCGAUUUCUCCCGGAACCUCUGCUCAGCCUGGUGAACCACACAGAGGCUGGGGCGAGGAGGAUACCAUCUGUCAGUCUUGGCUGGAUGACAUCAUGGGAAGGGGGUAGAGUGGGGCCUUGCAGGCCAGAGGUGGCUUGGAGGAGCCCCUGGAAAGAGGCUUAAGGGGCCAGCGCUCUGACAUGCAGAAGGUGACCCUGGGCCUGCUUGUGUUCCUGGCAGGCUUGCCUGUCCUGGACGCCAAUGACCUAGAAGAUAAAAACAGUCCUUUCUACUAUGACUGGCACAGCCUCCAGGUUGGCGGGCUCAUCUGCGCUGGGGUUCUGUGCGCCAUGGGCAUCAUCAUCGUCAUGAGUGAGUGGAGGAGCUCGGGGGAGCAGGCGGGCCGGGGCUGGGGCUCCCCUCCCCUGACCACUCAGCUCUCCCCAACAGGUGCAAAAUGCAAAUGCAAGUUUGGCCAGAAGUCCGGUCACCAUCCAGGGGAGACUCCACCUCUCAUCACCCCAGGCUCAGCCCAAAGCUGAUGAGGACAGACCAGCUGAAAUUGGGUGGAGGACCGUUCUCUGUCCCCAGGUCCUGUCUCUGCACAGAAACUUGAACUCCAGGAUGGAAUUCUUCCUCCUCUGCUGGGACUCCUUUGCAUGGCAGGGCCUCAUCUCACCUCUCGCAAGAGGGUCUCUUUGUUCAAUUUUUUUUUUAUCUAAAAUGAUUGUGCCUCUGCCCAA